AGAAAAGGCUGAGAGGCUGUAAAGAGUGUUGAAGGACGCUCGGUUCCUUCAGGUGCGGCGGCGACCUUGUCUAGGAUUUUACCCGUGGAACGUGGCGACCACUUCCGACGGGCCACUCGCCGCCGCUCGCCCGCCCUGCUCUUCACCCCUUCUCCCGGGACCGGGACAAGCGAUCUCCCGUCCCCGUAGUCCGCAGGAGAGAGAUUUUUUUCUCGGUUGCAAUGAAGAGUUAUCCGUGGGCGGGGGCCCGCCCUCUUGCCGUCGUGCAGCUCCUCCUCUUCCUCGCCCACCUCGUCGACCGCGGCGGUGCUGCCGGUGGAGGCAGCAAGGGCAGCUCGGUGUACCCGGCGGCUGUCGUCUACCCGCAUCACUCCCGCCAGAUCUCCUGCAAACCCAGGGUGUUCCUGUAUCAGCACUUCCUCAGCGACGACGAGGCUAACCACCUGAUCUCCCUCGCGAGAGCGGAGCUCAAGAGGUCAGCGGUCGCCGAUAAUAUGUCUGGCAAGAGCACGCUCAGUGAGGUCCGCACCAGCUCCGGCACCUUCCUCAGGAAGGGCCAGGAUCCUAUUGUUGAGGGUAUAGAGGACAAAAUUGCUGCAUGGACAUUCCUUCCAAAAGAGAAUGGUGAAGAUAUCCAAGUCCUAAGAUAUAAGCAUGGGGAGAAGUAUGAACCACACUAUGAUUACUUCACUGACAAUGUUAACACUGUCCGUGGUGGUCAUCGCUACGCUACUGUUCUUUUGUACUUAACUGAUGUACCAGAAGGAGGGGAAACGGUUUUCCCCUUGGCUGAGGAGCCCGAUGAUGCUAAAGAUGCAACCUUGUCAGAAUGUGCUCAGAAAGGCAUUGCAGUGAGACCACGGAAAGGUGACGCCCUCCUUUUCUUCAACCUUAACCCAGACGGCACCACCGACUCGGUGAGCCUCCAUGGUGGUUGCCCGGUCAUAAAAGGCGAGAAAUGGUCGGCUACGAAGUGGAUCCGUGUGGCCUCGUUCGAUAAGGUCCAUCACCCACAGGGCAACUGCACCGACGAGAACGAGAGCUGCGCGAAAUGGGCGGCCCUAGGGGAGUGCAUAAAGAACCCAGAGUACAUGGUGGGAACCACAGCGUUGCCUGGUUACUGUCGGAGGAGCUGCAAUGUGUGCUAGGGUCAGGACGUGAGAGUACUAGUAUUUGUUAGUGCAUACCACUUGUAUCCAUAGUCUGUUGUUGGUCUCCUACAUCUCGCAUAAAAGAAAUACUCCUAUGCUAUAGGUUAUGCCGAUGGAGGUGCAUUUAGAAUAAGCCUAGUAUUUGAUCUAUUGAUUUAUUAGAUUGCUUGGUUCUGCUAGCUCAUAAUUUGUACCGGAACCUUAGAAGAUCUUUGAUUCGUUGUCAUCUGUAACAUUUUCUCGAUAUAUAUAUGGUGUGCAUUUCUGG